UCGAUCGAAGAGCUCCCAAUGCUCACGAUCCAGGUGACUGGAUUGAGCGGCGACACUGGAUUUGCUAUCGGUGUGCUGUGCCAUCACGCCAUCACCGACGCUACCUCGGGGAUCAGUUUUCUCUCCAAUCUGGCAUCCAUUGCUCGCGGCGCUGGUCUCCUCUUCCAUCCCAACUCCGAUCGCAGCGUCUUCAAGGCCAGGCAUCCUCCCCAACCCAGCUUCCCCCACCAUGAAUUCAUCCAUCACCCAAAUCUGGAUUCCAGCCGCUAUGCGAUCACGCUGGAAUCCGCCAUUUGCGUCGGCGAGCGAUCCAAGAGAGCGUCAGGAGAGAUCAAGCGACGCAAGGCCUUUCAUUUCUCAUUUGAAACACUAACCCAUCUCAAGAACAGCGUGCUUGCAAGUGUACCGCGCGGUUGCACCACGUUUGAAGCGCUGGCGGCGUACGUCUGGCGGUAUGCCGCGCGGUACUCCAAGAAGGUGCCUGAGGAGACCUCGCGGCUUCGAUUCGUACUGGACAUCCGCCGCACGGUACAGCCGCCGCUAGACGCGACGUUCGUGGGGAACGCGAUCUACUGGGCUCACGCGGAGAUGACGCAGCGCGAUUUGGUGGGCGAGCCGCUCGGGGCGGCGGUGAUCGAGAUCCAGCGCGCGCGCGCGCAGAUCACCGACGAGUACCUGCGAUCCGGGUGGGAUUUCCUGGAAGAGAAUCGCGAUUUCUGGUACUCGUCGGGGAAUUGCGACGUGGGGAUCAACGCUUGGCCGCGCGCGAUGCUGGGCGCGCGGGAGCUGGAUUUCGGGUGGGGCAAGCCGUGCCGCGCGGUGUUCCCGCUCGAUCCAGAGACGAGCACCGUCAUGUUUGUGCCCGUGGAUGGCGGCAUCGAUGUCUCGCUGUGCCUCUUUCCACAUCAGUUGGAACAGUAUAGCGAUUUCGUGCCUACAUUCGCGAAGCAAUGA